GUUUCCCGCUGGCUGGUAACGCCUUCAGUAAAUCUUACUGCGUCAUUCAAUAUUUAACCAAACAUUCCAUAUUCAGCAUGAAGGUCUUGUCUUAUAUUUCGCUUUUUUUUGGCUAUUUUCUUCUGGAUUCAGCGAAGAGCACAGUUUGUCCUCCCCAGGUACCAAAUGGCUGUAAAUGUAACGAUAUUCUGGGUAAUUAUGAGGUCAAAUGCGAGGGUUUUAAUGUAAAUACUAACUUAUCGUCUUGGCUACCAAGUAACACAACUCUUCUGGAGCUUGAAAAUUGUGGUAUAAGGGUGUUAAAUCGGGACAGUUUCAAGAAUGUGGACAAUCUAACUCACCUGGAAAUAUUUAACCAACAACGCCUUUUCUUUAACGAUAGUUUGGUGUUUCAAGGUUUGAAACGUUUGUUUAAAGUGAACUUGAAUAAUAAUAACAUUGCCUCACUGCCUGCUGGCUUGUUCGCUAACCUUCCGCGUUUGGAUCAAGUUUUCCUGAGCAAUAAUCGAUUGAAUAUAUUGCCUGAUGAUCUGUUUGAAAAUUCAACAAACGUCCAGAACUUACAGCUUGAUAAUACACGAUUGGAUCCAGAUGUAAUCUAUAAGAUAGGUGAAGGACAAUUUGGUAAAAAUUUUCAGAUACUGCUUAUAACUGGCACGCCUAUUGAACAUUUGAAGGAUGGUUUAUUCAGUGGCUUGCCAAAACUGAAGACCUUAGGAAUUUCAAAUUGCGAAAUAAAGUCUAUUGGGGCUGAUAUACUGAAAGGAACUGAGAUUGCAAGCAUAAUCCUGGAUGGAAACCUAAUUGAAUUCAUAAAUGAGAAUGCUUUCCAAGGUUCUAAAGUGACACAGUUUCAAUGUAAUGGUUGCCAACUCACAUCCAAUGUUACAUUCAAUGGAUUCCUGAAAAAGAUGUCUCUUUCCCAAAUCAUCUUGAAGAAUAACAAUCUCACCACCAUUCCACAAGAUGAAUUUACAUCCCAAACUAAACUCAGCAUAAUCCAGCUUUCAAAUAACCCUCUCAAUUGUGAUUGCAAUUUGGCUUGGCUUCAAUCCUAUCUUUCUGAAAAGACAAGUGACAAAGAUAAUUGGCAAUGUUCUGAGCCAAAGAAGGUUGCUGGGAAAAAGUUUGUGGAAUUGAAAAAUAAUGAAUUUUGUUGUGGUAACUCAACUUGUGGUACUGGUACUGUGCACCCUAACCAUGGAUGGGCUGUUUCAUCUCAUAUUGUGGUUGCUUUCAUGUCACAGAUUGUGGUAAUGUUUGGUAUUCCUUUACUUUUUACUUGACUAUAUUAGACUCAGCUGUUUGCAAGGGGGUAUUAAAAAGAAGAAAUUUAGCAGCUACCACAUGUUGCCAAUGCAGAGCGAUAUACACAAAUAUGGUAAACAUAGCAUGCUAUAAACCAGUGUUUUCUAGCAUAUCAAAUUGUGUCCUAAUAAUUACCUACACGUAAUAAAUUUAACUAAUUGAGCAUUGUAGAGGUAUUAUUGUAAGGAUAUCUUUUUGUUUCGAGGUAUAUAUACAGAUUUUUCUGUGCUUUGACCCAUGUAUAUUUAAAUAACAGAACUAACCCUUCUGAAAACAUAAUUACACCAUGAAAGCCCUAAUUUACAGCUACGGCACACAAGUCAAAUCU